ACGGUAGCAGCAUUUGGAAAAAGUGAAGAACUAAGGCAAUCUUUCAUUGGAUUCCUAAAUUCCAAAGUGAAGAAGGGACAAGAAAAACCAUGGCAGGGAAAAACAACAAAAAAUGAAAUAGAAAGAGAAUAAAGAGAGUGGAACGGAUUGGAAGUUUACUCUUUCUCCAUAACUAGAUUUUAACUUUUUCCAUCACUUUACAACACCCAUUUUCAGAUUCUUGCUUUUCUCAUCAUAUAUAGAUACAAACACCUACCUCCUCAACCCAAAAUUGAAAAUCAAUUAGUCUUCCAUUCGGUUCAAGUUUUUUUUUUGGUUGCUCAGAUUUGAAUGACAAUUUCAGAGUUUAAAGUCUCGAGAUAGGAAUUGAGUCGACGAAGUGCUAUUUGAGGUCUCUGGCUUUCCGUAGUUCGAGCCCAACAUUUGAUUUUAGAAUUUCGGAAUUUUGUUCAACAAAUUAAGCAAUUCCCAACUUUUGUGGUUGGGUAGACAAAUUACUGAAGGCCGCGCCUAUGGAGGCCAGGUCUUGGAAAUCUAUCUCCAAUCAGUACGAUUGGAAAGUAAAAACUCAUGGAUUUUAAAUUCGAUGCGUUCUGCUGAAGCAGUUGCAGCCUCUUGAACCUCUAUAGGAACUUAACUCACUUUAAGGAAAGCUCAGGACAUAUUGGUGAAGAGGGAAACUGCUGAAGAAGAUUCCGAGGAGGAAGAUGAAGAUGACUCUUUGAUAAAGAGGAAAAGGGCUAGGAGAUGUGUUAUGUUCGAUGAUGAGGCUGAAGUCUCUCCCCGUGCCUCUUCUGCCGAGCCUGUUCAUCUCGUCUCUGAUGACGAUGUUACCCCCCAAGAUACUCAUGAAUCCACCGACCAACUUUUCUCUAGUGGUUUUGAUAGUGGUGAUCUCGGGCCUGUUUUAGAUGAAGUACCUUUAUUGACUUGUUCAUCACCCGUGCCUGUGAUUCCUUCUAUACCGGCCCUAGUUACUUCCGUUCCUUCUUCUACUGCACUCACCUCUUCUCCAGCUCCUCCUUUGAUUAUUCCCCCUCCUAUUGUUCAUCAUACUGAAGUUGGUUCUACGAGCAAAACUACUGCCAUGAGGAGCAUGACUAUUGAAGUCCCCGCCAACAACAGUCUUUUGAGAAAAUCUGGUCAGGCAGACGUUUGGUUUGAGCCUUUGAUUGACUCAAUUGAAAAAGAGAAGAUGAAUAGCCAUAGCUGCUUGACUUUGAUGAACGACAUUGUUCAUGCCACUUUGAAGCCUCAUUGGUACAGAGUUGAUGGGAAGAAUUUCUCUUUUAGAGAAGGUGGCUCGUGACUCUGAGAAAACAAUUCUUGAGGCCGAGAAAGUGACUCGUGAAGCUCAACUAGAAGCGGCUAAUUGGAAAGGGCAAUUUGAUAGUGCACAAAUUGCUAUUGAAGAUAUGCAAGAGAGUAGGAGUAACCUGGAGCAGCAGGUGCGUGCAUUGACUUUGGAAUUGGCAGUGGCCAAGGCUUCUUCAACCCAAGCAGAGAAGGACAAAGAAAGCCUUGAGUCUUAUUUCUCAGAUCGGUUAUCUAAGGCAGAUGAGGAGAUUAAAGAGUUGAAAGCACUUCUGAGUCAAAAGGAGGUUUAUGAGAAGGAUCUUGCACAGAGCUUGACUCAAACUCAAAUGGACUUGAGGGCCUCUACUGAUAAAAUCCGUGCUUUGGAAAGUUCCAAUGCCUCUCUUCAAAUCUCCUUCAAUUCCACCUUGGCUGAAAAUGAAGAACUCAAAAGUGAAAUUGUUGUUUGGGAAAGAGACUAAGAGCUUCUCGAGGAUAAAAUGGCUGUUGAGGUAAGUUGGACUUUUCUGAACUCUCGCUGUGAUGCCUUAACCGAGGCUAGCCAAGAGAACUUUAAUUAGAGUCAGAAUUGGCUAAAGUCAUGGAGACUAUUGAGAAGGCUCAACAACCACUGGACUUUCCAUCUCCCGCAAUUGAGGUUCCCGUGGCUGAAGCUCCCGAAACUGAUGUAGCCUUGGUUCAAGUUCCUGAAGUUGAAGCUACCGUGGACCAAGCUCCUGAAGGUGAAGCUUCCGUGACUCUUCCUCACUUCAUCGAGCCUGCUAUUUCAAGUCAAGUUGACACCGUGCUUGUGGCUGCUCCUUCUGAUGUUGGCACCGUUACUUCUGAUGCUCCUGGCUCCCAGUGACCAGUUUUUAUAACUUAACUUGUUUUUUCUUUUUUUUUUCUUUUUGGAAGAUAAUGAUCAAACCCUUAGUUUGUUUUAAGGGUAUUUUAGAAGGAAAAGUCCCCAGUUCUUAU